CGGAGGUAAUGGAGGCAUCAUUGUUGGAUCGUGCCUUGAGCGAAGCGAGUAAAGCGUAGAAAUGCAGGAACAAAAGCGUCGAUUGACGUCAAGUCUUGUUGUAUUCAUACUUACAUCUAGCAACUACAUGCCAAUUCCAGCAUUCGACGAAUCACCGAAUCUACGCCAGCAUCAAAUCAUCCUUCAACUCUACAUUCGCAGACAAAACUAUUGAAGUCUCGCGAUCCUUAAUUCACACUACAUCAAGAUGUCAGGCAAGAACCAACAAGGAAAGAUGGACGUCACUCAAAAGAACGUCCUCAACGCGCCCCUCCACAAGCACUCUGCCGAAGCCAAAACCCCCUCGAACCUCCCCUCCACCAUCAACGCCGGAAUGUGCACAAGCAGCAAUCCCAUCGCCGCCAUCCUCACCAACAGCUUCCUAGACUUCUCCACCUCAAACGGUACCGACCUGCGAAAAGCCGGUGUGGGACCAGGCCAACGGUUCUGCCUCGAGGCUUCAACGUGGAAGAGCGCUGCGGAUAAGGGUAUUGGAGAGGUCCCAAAGGUUAAACUUGAGUCAACGCAUGAGAGCGCGUUGAAGAGUGUGGGUUUGGAUACGCUGAAAAAGUGGGCGGCGGAGCAGGAGAAUCAAGGGCAGGUUGUAUGGCCUGGUCAGGGCAAGGGGGGGUUUGUCAGGGAGAGUGAUCAGAUUGGUGGGAAAGAACCCAGGGCAUAAAGCAAGCGUUGUGAGUCGCUGGUCAAGAUGAUUCGGGUGAAGAGAUAGUAUUGUACAAUAUUCUUAGAGGAGAACAAAAACAAACAGAU